AAGAGCGCGUCUUUCCUCUUCCCGCCCUCGCGACCACAAUGUCUGCGAGCUGGUCUCCUACCUACUCAUAUGCGCGUCCAAGCGCGCCCCAGCUCACACCGGUCUCUGCGCUUAACGUCCAAAAAUCUCACCCGAACAAAGCCAGAGCUCCGAUCCACAACCCCUACGACAAGUUUUCCAAGCCCGAGUUCGACGACUGGAUAGGCGGUAUCACCUCCGCGCUUAGACGUGCCCUCGGUCAGGACGAUGAAGAAGCUGACGAAGAGGCCCGCGUUUCCAACGAAUCACACGCUGGCGACGAGGCCCGUCGUCCUGGCGCGGGGCCGGACCUGAACAUGGUACUGGCCGACGACGGCACGGGCCAAGACGUCGCUGACGCCACCUUCCACGAGGAAGACUCGCUGUCGUACGGACCUAGCCUGAGAGCAAAAGGCAAGGCUCGCGACCCUCGCGAGGGCCCUGGCUUUGGUGGACAGCAAAAUCCCAUCGAGCUUCUUUCCGACUCUGAAGCGGGCGAAGAGGAGGAAGGCGACGAGCAGGGCUCCCCGAGAUCCAGUCCCGUCUCUGAUGCUGGCUCGGAAGAGCUGGACGAGGAGGACGAGUACGAUGAAGAUGGAGUGCUGCGCGAAGGCGAGUACUAUAUUGGCGAGGACGAAGAACAGGAAGAGGAGGAUGAAGAAGAGGGGAUCUACGAGGGCACGGACAUUGUUCACCCUCGCCAACGUCAGCCGCGCGUAGAGGCCAGUGAGGAAGAUGAGGAAGUCGAAGAAGAAGAAGUGUCUGAGGAGGGCGAGGAGAGUGACGAAAGGGAGCAAAGUCCGGAAAUCAUUGAACUUGUGGACAGCGACGAGGAACAAGCCAACAGCGGCGACCUGAGAGGCCCGGCGGGCUCCGCUACUUCUAUUCACCCCCGUCAUGCCCAGCACUAUGACCCCAGGCAGCAACCGCACGCUCGUGACUACGCGUACGGCGAAGAUGAGGAGGAAGGGGACGAGGAAGACGAAGAAGAACGCGACGUCUCUCCAGGACGUGUCUCUGACCGGGACGAAGACGAUGACCAGCUAUCCAUCUCAGCGGACGGAGACGAAGAAGAUAUUGACCGCACCGCCGAUGCCGACGAUGGUACUGCUUUCCACCCAUCGCACGCCGGGCGCCAGGCCGUCGAGCUCCCCGACCCCUGGGCCGGCCCCCGCGAGUACGCUGAGGACUUUUACGCGGGCGGCGACUUCCCUUCUCCUUUCGUCUCCGAUCUACGAGACGCCGAGAUCGACCCCUCGAGCCUCACACCACUCCAUGACGCUGCCGCGUUCAUCGACGAGAACGCUUUCGAAGAUGAGGCUGAGGUGCCCGCAGCAGCGAGAGACGACCCCGCUGAAGAGCGAGACGAUGAAGCCGUCAUGGACGUCGAGGGCACCCCCCGGAAUCAACGCAAAAAGCCAGACGCAGACGAAGAAGAAGAAGGCGACGAUGGCGACGACGAUGCCCUCCCCGACUCGAGUCCGCCCCCUCCGUCCUCGCCUCCUACCCGCCCGGCCGACGCAGCCGACGCAGAUUACAUGCUCGACGACGGCCACACAUUCAACGACCACGGCGCGCACCUCGACUGGAACUGGCCCCCAGCCUUCCCGGGCCGCGUCACGACGCGUCCGGGGCACAUCGCGACGUCACCGGGUGGCAUGGUCGUAGAUGGGGCCGAGGACGACGGCGAUGUGGAGCUGAUUGAUGUUGAUGCGGAGCUGGAUGUGGACGAGGAGGCUCUCGUCAAGGGGCAGUUCCAGCGCUGGGCUCGGGGCGAAGACGGUUUCGAAGGGGAGGCAGACGCUGAUGCUGAUGCGGAAGGGGAGUCGGAUGUCGAUGCGGACGGGAGCGUUGACGAUGAGGACGAGGGUCCGAUUCCGCUGGGCACGAGCGAUCUCGUGUAUGAUGUCGAUGAUGCCGAUGUCGAGAUUGAGGUGCUUGAGUUGCCGGAUUCGGAUGGCCGCGAGCAGGAGGAGGGGGAGCUUGAGGAGGAAGACGAUGAUGAAACUAUUGGGCCAUCGCAGGACUCUGAUAGGCCCGAAGACGACGAGACGGGUGUGGACGUUGAGGUCGUUCAAGACGAAGAAGACGACUUUGAUAUUAGGUCCUCGUCGCCCUCCGACCAAGGAUCGGGUCCCGAGGAUCAGGAAGAAGAAACUGCGAACGUUCUGUAUGAUAUCUCUGAGGCUGAGUCGGAGGAAACCUCGGCCGCUCUGCUUACGCCCAUAAUCGAAGUUUCGUCCGUCAGUGGCGACAUGGGCUCUGUCGAGCCAUCGGCGGAGUAUGUCAUCGAGGACGUUUCCCGAGGUGCAACUGCAGAUGCUGAGGAAGCCAACCCUCCCACUGCCUUUGACGAUGAUGACGACUUCCUUCCGCCUGGCCUCGGUAUUAGCGGUGCUCCUACACCGAGGGUCUCUACCCCGGAACGCGAGCCUGCUCAUGAGUCUGCGUCCCAGGCUGAGCCGGAGUCUGCUCUCUUGGUCGAAUCUACUCCCCAAACCUUACCCGAACCUGAACUUGAUUCGAGCGCGCAAGUGAUGAAUUCCAUGCCCAUGACCCUAGCGGAGGCUGCCGCUGCAGCCGCAGCCAUAGCAGCCAACGACCCCAACGAGAUCGACGUACUCCUCCCUCACUCCCUUCCCGAGAACACGCAAUUGCCUUCGCCGGACGUUACACCCGAGAGCGACACGGGCGUCUCCCAGCCAUCUACCACCGAGCCCUCUUCAGCUUCUACCGCCCAGCCCCUACAUGUAUCGUUGCCACCGCCCCCGUCCACGCCUCAGCCUACCACAGCGAACCCGUCCGUACCGGACCCGCUCGUCUCCCCGCCGAUUCAGCACCUGCAGCAGCAGCCUCCACCGCACUUCUCGCUUGCGUCUCCGCCCCGGCUAAUUAGCGUUCCGGGCACUCCGAGGCUCAUUCUGAGCCCAGCACAGACCCCGGGCGCGGGCACGGGCACGCCGCCGCCGGUGAGCAUGAACCUGAGCACGUCGCUGAUCCGCGCGCUGUCGUCGCGCGGGGCGAGCGUGGAGCUCGCUCAGCCUCCUGCUGGUGUGCACGCCGGCACUGGCGUUGGUGCUAGCGCCGGUGCAAGCGCGAGCGCGAAUCCGACGAACGGAGACCAGCCGCCGUCAGGCCCGAGCAGCGCGCUCGAGCCUGGUAUGGGGCACGGGCCGAGCGGGCUGUUUACGCCGUUGAAUGGGUUUUCGAGUACGGGUGAGUCGGUGCAGUCGCCUGCGGAUGGGGAUGCGGUGGUGGCGGAGACGGUGGGAGCGGGGGCAGGAGCGAGUGGGGAUAUUGCGCGGGAUAUUGUGGAUGCGCUUGUGCAUAGGGUGUUGACGCCUGAGGAGAAGAAGGAUUAUGAGGGGAAGAAUGAGGGGAAGGAUGAGGGUGGGGCUGACAUCGACGCCGACGCCGACGUGGUGGACGAUGGUCAAGGCCAAGGAUAUGCCAACGGUGAGGUGGACGAGGCGGUGGAGAAAGCUGUGGACGAGGAAAUGCGCGUCGACGGACCCCUCGAGCUGAAUGAUUCUGUGGUGGACUAUGAAAUCGUCGAUAGCACGCCAGAUACAGAACGCCCCCCGCCUCGCCUCGCCUCCCUUGAACCUGGCUCACCUAUGGUGGACGUCGUGGCUGUCGAGGAUGCGCUCAAUGCCCCAUCUUCUCCAGUCGGCGCUGACUCUACCGUGCUCGACGGUGCGGUUGUCAUCCCUGACGACGAGGCCGAUGCGGAGGGUGAAGAGGAAGAGGAAGAAAUUGAAGAGGAGCAAACGGUAGAGGAAACUGCAGUACCUGCGGUGGAGGAUGCUGAUACGACGAGCAUUGCCUCGCUCGAGUAUCCGCCCUCUGAUCUUACGGAGCCGGAGGAAGACGAACAAGAAGUUGCACAGGCGGUUGCAGAAGAGGAUUCGGCCAAGGACAAGGACGUGGUUCGUGAAGUGACCCCAUCUGUGGACGUCAAGGCGAAGCAUUCGUCCACUGAAACUCUCCAUCGUGAUCCCGCCGGAAGGCCUGAUUCUGCGGACAAACCGUCCUCGCAGAACCGGCCAGCGAAGCGCAGAAGAUCCCCUUCAGACACGAAACCGAGUCGCCUCACCCGCUCUGCGUCUCACACAACUCCCGCUGCAAAACGCGCUAAACCAGACGUGUUCGAUGAGGAUCGCGCAGAAGCUAGCGAUGCAGGCGAUAGCAAGAUUCGUAACGAGGAGCACGAUGACGAGCAGGAUGCCGAAGGCAGCGACGUCGAGUCUAGCGACGGUGCCAGUGUCGCGUCGAAGAUGCUCAGGGCCUCUCGGGAAUCUUCGGUUGUGUCAAACUCGACGUCUUCUACGCGGCCAAGUCUAGUACUGCCGUCACUCCCACCACCUACAUUCCAUGCUGGUGUGCUGCGUCACCAACAUAACAAGCCUCCUUCCCUUGCCAGAGGGCAGUCUCUCCAGCAGGUCAUGGCUAAGCCCCCCGCUCCACCCCCGCCCGCUCCUCUCCAGACAUCGAACCCUGAGAUCCAGCCUCCCCCCACCCCAUCUGUCCUCCGC